AUGAGGCUAUGUGGCGAGAUUGUAACUGAUAAGCAGUUGUUGGAAAAGACUUUCCAGACAAUGUCCUCAAGCAAUAUGUUGCUUCAGCAACAAUACAGACAGAAAGGUUUUCAGACCUAUAGUGAGCUCAUCUCAUGUCUAUUGCUUGCAGAACAGAACAAUGAGCUGCUCUUGAAGAAUAGUGAGCUUAGACCACCUGGAUCUAAGCCUGUCCCUGAGGCACAUCAUGCCUCACAUGAGCCUAAUGACGGUGCUGAAGCCAACCAUGUCCGGUAUGACCAAAAGGGCCGCAGUUCCUCAUAUGGAAGAGGACGCGGUCGUGGGGGUCAAGGGCGAGGACGUGGACGUGGUGGCUAUGGCAAAGGGCGUAACACCCCUUAUGACCGUCCAAACCAGUCCAAUAAUGGGCAUGGCAAAAGCAAAGGCAAUGGGACAUCUUCAAAACCACAGAAUCCUACAAGCUCACCUUGCCAUAGAUGCGGAAUGAUGAAUCAUUGGGCAAAGAAUUGCCGCACAGCCAAGCAUCUGGUCGACCUCUAUCAAGAGAGUCUCAAGGGCAAGAAUCCAGAAGCACACAUGGUGUACAAGGAUGGUGAGGACGAUUUUGAUCAUGACAAGGACGACCUCAUGGAUUUUGAGACUUCAGACAUACUCACUAUGCUGAAUGAUGACCCAGUUGAAUAA